UCGUUUUCAUAUACCCCACCAAAACCCCAAUACCACACAUUAUUUCCAAUUUCAAUUCUGUCACUUUUUUUUUAAUCUCUCUCAAUUCCAUCACUAUUUUUACUCACACUCUCUAAUUUCUGCGUUUCCCCCUUCUUGUUCCCACCGAUUUUCGAUCAUUUCUAUGGGUUUUCUUUACAUUUAAGUACAAAGGUUUCUUUUAUGGAGAUUUUAUGAAAACCCCACUUCAUUUUUUUUACGAUUCUUUGAGUUUUUCUCUCCCCCAUUUAUGGAUAUGUCGUUGUUGGAACCUAAAUCUGUGGUUUCUUCACCAUUUUCAAGCUUCAGACACCAAGUUCAGAGGUUUUCUAGGUGCUCUUCUUGUAUAGGGAGAUUUUCCAGGGCUUCUUAUUCAAAUGGUGUGCCAAAUAAGGCAUACUGUAGUGGAGCUGUUAGUUCAAUUGGUCAGGAUAAACUACCAGCUGAAGGUUUUACUCAUCAGAUAAAUGGAACUAAUGGAUUGAGUUCAAAUCUGUUUUCAAGAGAUUGUAGAUUGUUAGAUGCAGUUGAUGAUCAAUAUGAUGGAAUUGUCAUUGAUCCGAAUGGAUUGCCUUCAAAUCCGGUUGUCUUUUCGUCCAAUCUUCGUUUCUCUCUUUCCCAUUGGAAAAAGAAGGGAAAGAAGGGAGUUUGGCUUAAGUUGCUAGUCGAACAGUCGGAGCUAAUCCCUAUCGCCCUAAAGGCAGGAUUUCAGUACCAUCAUGCUGAGCCAGAGUACUUGAUGUUAACUUAUUGGAUACCCGAUGGACCCUGCAUGCUUCCUGCAAAUGCUUCGCAUCACGUCGGGGUUGGAGGAUUCGUCCUCAAUGACAGAAACGAGGUCUUGGUAGUGCAAGAAAAAUACUGUUCUCCAGCAUUUGCUAAUUUUUGGAAAAUACCAACUGGUUUCAUUGUUGAGAAGGAAGAGAUCUAUACAGGAGUUACUAGAGAAGUUAAGGAGGAAACUGGUAUUGAGACUGAGUUUAUUGAAGUCAUAGCUUUCAGGCAUGCUCACAACAUAGCGUUCGAGAAGUCAGAUUUGUUCUUCGUCUGCAUGCUUAGACCUUUAUCGACUGAGAUUAUUGUUGACGAUCUCGAAAUUCAAGCAGCAAAGUGGAUGCCUUUAGCUGAAUUUGUGGAGCAAUCUCUUGUAAAAGAAGAUGUGAUGUUUAAGAAGAUUAUCGACAUCUGCAUCGCCCGAUUAGAUAAAUAUUAUUGUGGCUUAAACGUUCAUCAACUCGUCUCGAAAUUUGAUGGUAAACUGUCGUCGCUUUACUACAAUACUAUCGACGGAGAAGAUCUAACAUGUACCGGAAAGUGAAGGAAACAAUCUGGCCUUUGCUCAUUGCCAAUUUGAUGUGUUUGUUGUAGUUUCAUCCAUUAUGUUGAUAGCUGAUAUAGUAUAUAGAGCAUGUAAUUACAAAACUCUCUUUAGUAUAUAGCAUAAUGUUAGAGCACAAUUUAGAUGUGCUUUCUUUGUACAUGCUUCACUAUAUAAAUAAACAAGAUAAUGCUAUUUUAUAAGCA